ACAGCCCAGUUUUACGACAAAGCUCGACCGAAGCUUACUUACAUCGAGCUCUUUUAAAAAUAUUAUUAAAUAAUAAAAAUGUGUAAAAUUGAAAUAAAACAGGACGCUGUUGUAACAAAAAGUAUUGAGGUUUUGGAACCCACCAAAUAUUCCAGCGAGAUCAGUUUAAGAAAGCACAGUUGCUGCGUUACACUGAGGACUGGAUGUCUCAUCUUCGCUUAUUUGUACCUGGUUUUCACCGUUGGGAUCGGGUUAUUUUAUAUUAAGGAAUUAGUUACCCUGGUGGUUUAUACUAUUAUUCCAAAAGUUCCGGUAGAUUACCCUCGUUUAACCAACGCACUUUUGGUGUUAAUCUCUAUAUCCAUUGCUUUGGCUCUUAUUGCAAUACCAUUUACCAUACUGCUCAUCAUUGGACUGCACAGUGAGAGACGGAGCUUCAUGAUAGUCUACUUCACAUUUCAGUUUACGAACUUUAUGCUAACUUUAGUAGUCGGAAUUGUUACAAUGACAAUGGGAAAUUAUUGCACCCCCACCGGCAUUGGUAUAUCUGCGGUAGCUUAUUGUUGGUUCCACAUCUAUUAUCUUCUUGUAAUAAAGAUCCAGUACGAUACGAUGGGUGAAACCACCGACUUGCCUGAACAACUCUACCAUUUUGGUCAUAUACCAGACAUAAGUUUAAGUUACAAACCUACAAUAAAUACUUAAUUACCUUAGGCUAUAGGGAUAAGUGAAAUAAAAUGAAUUUGAAAUGAAAUAAAAUAAUUUAUGCAAUGAAA